GUCAGUCUGGCCGGCUCCGUCCUCUCGUAGGCUCGGCUGUAGCUCGCAAUGUGACACCAGGACGCACAGGCACUCGCGCGCUCUCCCCGGCUCGCACUCCCUCGCCCUCCCUCUCACACACACACACACACACACACACACACACACACGCACGCACACACCCACCUCUCCCAUAAACACACACACACACAUGCACACCCACACCCACGCGCGCCCGCACCGCCCCACGCGCGCACACUCCCGCCCACGCCCACGCCGCGCUCCGGGGAGUCCGGUCCCGGCCCGAGCGCGAAAGGAUACGGAGAAGCCACCGGCGGGGAGCGCAGCGGCGCCCCGGGACGCGGCGCCCUCCCCGCGCGGCCGCCUCGGCUCGGGCUCGGCCUGGGGGCCGCCGGCCGGCGAUGGCCCUGGACUGCCUGCUGCUGCUCCUCCUGGCAUCCGCGGUGGCCGCGAUGGAAGAAACUCUGAUGGACACCAGGACGGCUACUGCAGAGCUGGGCUGGACUGCCAAUCCUGCAUCAGGGUGGGAAGAAGUCAGUGGCUACGAUGAAAACCUGAACACCAUCCGCACCUACCAGGUGUGCAAUGUCUUCGAGCCCAACCAGAACAACUGGCUGCUCACCACCUUCAUCAACCGGCGGGGGGCCCAUCGCAUCUACACAGAGAUGCGCUUCACUGUGAGGGACUGCAGCAGCCUCCCCAAUGUCCCAGGCUCCUGCAAGGAGACCUUCAACUUGUACUACUAUGAGACUGACUCUGUCAUUGCCACCAAGAAGUCGGCCUUCUGGUCCGAGGCCCCCUACCUCAAAGUGGACACCAUUGCUGCAGACGAGAGCUUCUCCCAGGUGGACUUCGGGGGAAGGUUGAUGAAGGUCAACACAGAAGUCAGGAGCUUUGGGCCUCUUACUCGGAACGGUUUUUACCUCGCUUUCCAGGACUAUGGAGCCUGUAUGUCUCUCCUUUCUGUCCGUGUCUUCUUCAAAAAGUGUCCCAGCAUUGUGCAAAAUUUUGCAGUGUUCCCAGAGACCAUGACUGGGGCAGAGAGCACGUCUCUGGUGAUUGCUCGGGGCACGUGCAUCCCCAAUGCGGAGGAAGUGGACGUGCCCAUCAAGCUCUACUGCAACGGGGACGGGGAGUGGAUGGUGCCCAUCGGGCGCUGCACCUGUAAGCCUGGCUAUGAGCCCGAGAACAGCGUGGCCUGCAAGGCCUGCCCUGCAGGGAUGUUCAAGGCCAGCCAGGAAGCUGAGGGCUGCUCCCACUGUCCCUCCAACAGCCGAUCCCCUUCAGAGGCAUCUCCCAUCUGCACCUGCCGGACCGGCUAUUACAGAGCGGACUUUGACCCCCCAGAAGUGGCAUGCACUAGUGUCCCAUCAGGUCCCCGUAACGUCAUCUCCAUCGUCAAUGAGACAUCCAUCAUUCUGGAGUGGCACCCUCCUCGGGAGACGGGUGGGCGGGAUGAUGUCACCUACAACAUCAUCUGUAAAAAGUGCCGGGCAGACCGCCGCAGCUGCUCCCGCUGCGACGACAAUGUGGAGUUUGUGCCCAGGCAGCUGGGCCUGACCGAGUGCCGCGUCUCCAUCAGCAGCCUGUGGGCCCACACCCCCUACACCUUCGAUAUCCAGGCCGUCAACGGGGUCUCCAGCAAGAGUCCCUUCCCCCCGCAACACGUCUCUGUCAACAUCACCACAAACCAAGCUGCCCCUUCCACUGUUCCCAUCAUGCACCAGGUCAGUGCCACCAUGAGGAGCAUCACCUUGUCCUGGCCACAGCCGGAGCAGCCCAAUGGCAUCAUCCUGGACUAUGAGAUCCGGUACUAUGAGAAGGAACACAACGAGUUCAACUCCUCUAUGGCCAGGAGUCAGACCAACACUGCACGGAUCGAUGGCCUGCGGCCAGGCAUGGUGUAUGUGGUCCAGGUGCGCGCCCGCACCGUGGCCGGCUACGGCAAGUUCAGCGGCAAGAUGUGCUUCCAGACUCUGACGGAUGAUGAUUACAAGUCUGAGCUGCGGGAGCAGCUGCCCCUGAUCGCUGGCUCAGCGGCGGCCGGGGUCGUGUUUGUCGUGUCCUUGGUGGCCAUCUCCAUCGUCUGCAGCAGGAAACGUGCUUACAGCAAAGAAGCUGUGUACAGCGAUAAGCUCCAGCAUUACAGCACAGGCCGAGGCUCCCCAGGGAUGAAGAUCUACAUUGACCCCUUCACUUAUGAGGACCCCAACGAAGCUGUCCGGGAGUUUGCCAAGGAGAUUGAUGUCUCUUUUGUGAAAAUCGAAGAGGUCAUCGGAGCAGGAGAGUUUGGAGAGGUGUACAAGGGGCGCUUGAAACUUCCAGGCAAGAGGGAGAUCUAUGUGGCCAUCAAGACGCUGAAGGCCGGGUACUCGGAGAAGCAGCGACGGGACUUUCUGAGCGAGGCCAGCAUCAUGGGCCAGUUCGACCAUCCCAACAUCAUUCGCCUGGAGGGCGUGGUCACCAAGAGUCGGCCGGUCAUGAUCAUCACAGAGUUCAUGGAGAAUGGCGCUUUGGAUUCUUUCCUCAGGCAAAAUGACGGACAGUUCACGGUGAUCCAGCUGGUGGGGAUGCUGAGGGGCAUCGCCGCGGGCAUGAAGUACCUGGCCGAGAUGAACUACGUGCACCGGGACCUGGCUGCAAGGAACAUUCUGGUCAACAGUAACCUGGUGUGCAAAGUAUCUGACUUUGGCCUUUCCCGCUACCUCCAGGAUGACACCUCAGAUCCCACCUAUACCAGCUCCUUGGGAGGCAAGAUCCCCGUGAGAUGGACGGCUCCAGAGGCCAUCGCUUACCGCAAGUUCACAUCUGCCAGCGAUGUCUGGAGCUACGGGAUCGUCAUGUGGGAAGUCAUGUCAUUUGGAGAGAGACCCUAUUGGGAUAUGUCCAACCAAGAUGUCAUUAAUGCCAUUGAGCAGGACUACCGGCUGCCCCCACCCAUGGACUGCCCAGCUGCUCUACACCAGCUCAUGCUGGACUGUUGGCAGAAGGACCGUAACAGCCGGCCCCGAUUUGCAGAGAUUGUCAAUACCCUGGACAAGAUGAUCCGGAACCCGGCAAGUCUCAAGACUGUGGCAACCAUCACCGCCGUGCCUUCCCAGCCCCUGCUCGACCGCUCCAUCCCAGACUUCACGGCCUUUACCACCGUGGAUGACUGGCUAGGUGCCAUCAAAAUGGUGCAGUACAGGGACAGCUUCCUCACCGCUGGCUUCACCUCCCUCCAGCUGGUCACCCAGAUGACAUCAGAAGACCUCCUGAGAAUAGGGGUCACCUUGGCAGGUCAUCAGAAGAAGAUCCUGAACAGCAUUCUGUCUAUGAGGGUCCAGAUGAGUCAGUCACCAACAGCAAUGGCCUGAGAACUCUCAUUUUCUAUGGGGAGGAGAGGAAGGAAAAGGACCAGGCUCAAGGGGGAACCAGAGGUUGACCACUGUGGAAUGUCCUGGAGGGACUGGCUUCUCAGCUGAGAAAUGCAUUGUCAUCAAUGAAGAAUAAUCUGGACCUAUUCCUAAUAGGCAACCUUCGUUUCUCAGUGACAGACGCAGGUUUAAGAUGCUGUGGGAAACCAAAUAUGUAAGAAUAAAAAUACACAAAGGUGAUGUUCGAUGAAGUGAAGACUAAACAGUAUGCAUCGGGGGGCACCAAGAGUGAACUCAGCUCCCACCCUGGGUGUGCCUGAGUCAUCCGACUACAAGAAGAAAGGGAAGGAGGUCGAAGGAAGAAACAGAAGCAGAUUCCCAUUUUCUUCCUCACCAAUGACGUUCUUUUCUUUUCUCCUUUUGUCCUCCUCCCCAAGAGUCCUCUCCCUUCCCCCACAUCCAUCUCCCUUUGCUCAUGACUCGUGUAGGGAAGUUUCUUCAAACAAACCCCAGCUCCUGAGUCUCCAGAUGUUCUGUCAGUUGCCAAAGGACCUUGCUGACCACUGCAUGGGGGAUCCAACCAAUUCAAUUAAUGUCUUCAUAUUGAAGAAGAGAUGUACCUUCAAUUGAAAACCUUGUUUUUCUUUUGUUUGCAUUUUCUGCAAAAAGGAAAAAGAAACCACAAAUUGGAAAAAAACAUAAAAAAAGAAAAACCUGUUUCCGUGUGCAGGGGCACGCCUAUGUAUGUCUGCGUUACAAAAUGACCGCUUGUUCGUAACAGAUGCAAACAAGAAAGAACUGGGAAGUCUUUGUCCCUGGGAGGUCCAAAGGGGCCAGAGCAUGUUGUGGGUCUGGCUUUCUGGUUGGCCCCAUUGGCCUAUUGGCUCAAUGGCAAGAGAAGGUAGGGAGAAAAAUAAAAUGAAAAGGGAAAAAAAUUCCAGAGAGCUUGCAAAUUCAGACAGGAAACAGGUGAGUGGUUUGAAUUGGAUGCAGUGCGGGCCAUUCGAGAAUGAUACUGACUGAUUCAUUAUUCUUGGUGACAUCUGAAGAGAAGGAGAAGGAAGGUGUUUCUGGAGAAUGUUCUUCCACAUCCCUGGAAUCUACAAUUCAAGGUGGCGAGGGCAAGUCUUUCUUCCC